UCGGUUUUCGCGGAAUUUUGAAAAUAUUCCAAUUUUUCCAAAAUUAAAAUAUUAUUUUAUUUUCAAACUUUCAAACCUUAGAAUGAUUAGUUAGAGAUAUGGAGGAAAUAUUGGAAGAGGUGAGAAGGUAUGACACUGACACUUUGAGAGCUAAAUUAGCCGAAAAUGGGGUGGCAGUUGGUCCAAUUGCACCCAGCUGCAUUUCCUUGUUUCAAAAACGACUCGCAAAGGAACUCUUCAGGAAACAAGGCGGUGUUUUAGAUGAUCUUCCAGUUGAUGAAAAGGAGACCAAGAAAAUAUUAGAACCUUUAAAAGAUGUCAAGAAAGAAGGAGCAGUCUCGUCCAAUAUUUCUGGUGUUUACUAUGCUGUAUGCUUGCCAGAAAAUGUGGAACAUGAGCAAGAAGUCAAUGAGUUGGUUUUCUCUGACAAAGAUCUAGCAUUAAAGACAGCAAAGAAGUACACAGGAUCUAGAUUUAAGGUGUUUAAAUCAGAGCAGGAUGCUAAAGUGUUUUCAAGACUUACCGCAGAAUCAGCCUUUCAGUCUCCUCGUCGACCUUCAAAGGAGGAUACCCCAGUGAAGGAAAGCCAGGUUGUUUCAGAAAGUUCACCAUUCAAAGCCCCAAAGCCUCAAGACCUUUCUAAAUUAAGGAAGGUUAUAGAAACUGGUGAUGUUGAUGCAUUCAGAGUACAGGUGUGGGAGAAUCCACGUUAUUUGGUUGGAAGUGGUGAUACACCAACUAUGUACCAGGAAGGACCUCGAUACACAGCCAUGCAUAUUGCGGCCAUAAAGAACAAACCGGAGAUGUGUCAAACAAUACUUGAUAUUCUAGAGAAUCCAGAGUUUGUCAACAAACUUUACAGUCAGAGUAUACAGUCAGAGGAAAUACAAAACUCUCGUAUCAACUUCCUUGUUGAUCUGUACUUAAACAUGCCAGAUAAAGGGAAUUGUGAUUCACCACUACAUAUGGCCUGUAAGUUUGGUCAUGAGAAGGUUGUUGAAGUGCUAGCUUCUCAUCCUAGAAUAGAUAAACAACUGAAAAACAAGUGGGGGGAAACACCAAAACAGCUUAUUUGCUCCAGAACACCAGGGGCGUCUCCAGCGGUGAAGAAAAAAAUUGAAGAUUUUCUCCAAGAUCAAUGUUACGUGCCAUUGAUGCGUUCUGAUGACAAUACUGUGUCUGCUGUGAUUGGUCAACCAUGGUCACCUGAUGUCUCUAAAUCUACAGACAUGCCUAGAGUACAAAACAGUCCGAGAGAUCCUUCAAUGUCAGUGAAAGCAUGUGCUGGGCCAAUGUCACCUUCAGAUGCUGGACUAUUUCAUAAAAGAUGGACGACGCCACCAUCUGUGUCCCAGAGUCCUGACCAGGCUAAAGCUUACUUUAACACCAAGCGUAGUGAUCUGGAGAAGGGUAUGGAAAGAAUUGGAAGGCAGUUAGCACAUGAUCUUCAUAUACCAUGGAGCGAGUACUGGGAAUUCCUGGACCAAUUUAUUGAUAUUUCAACGUCAAACGGACUAGAUAUGUUUGAAUAUUACUUAAAGAAAAGGGUUUGGUUGUCUUUUGUGAAAGAUUUUAAAGAGAAAUAUGUUCUCGACAACCAGGCCUUAGAUUUCAGUGCCAUGACAACCCCUGUGACAAAUCGUCUACGGCAAGUAACAGUAGGUGACGCAGAUAAAUCUUUUGACAGUGUGUUUGUUAUAAGGGUAAAAGCGCCAGUAGUAGACAUGAAAAAGGAAAGUAAAGAAGAAAGUCAGUCAGGUGGUGAAGGGGAUGAAGAGAAACUUAAAAGUGUUCAUGAUGUACUUAGUCCAAUGUCAGCGCUUUCAAAUUGUUUUUCUGCAAUGAAGUUAAAAGAUGAAUCAUGGUCUGAAAAAGCCACACUGGAUAGUUCUGAAGUAACGGAUGAUGAUGAUAGAAAAAUUAGUAAUAAAAUAGAGAACGUUACUUCUAGUAGUAAUGAAGACUCUGAAGAUAAGGGUCCAGAUAUAGGUAAACCAAAUACUGAUAGUGAAAAACUAACUGGUGAAAUAGAUAUCCCUGGUAAUAAUGUUAAACAGUCUGAUGAAAGUGUAAAAGUUGUUGCAGGUUUGGAAAAGACUGGUGAAAAUGGUAAGAAAAUAGAAAUUAUUGAAACUGAAAAACCUGGUGUGGUUGUGAAGCGAAGAUUGUUAUCAGAAGGUUCCGAGUCGACUGCCUCCUUUGAGACUGCUGCGGAGGAUAUCUCCGAUGGUAACCACACAUUCUGUAGUCAGUUGUCCGAGCCCGGGACUUUCCACGUUGUCUUGAAUAUUAAAGAUAGUGCAAUAAUUGUCAAACUAAAAGAUUAUCUUAAAGCCAGUGAACUUCAUCAAGAGGGUAAAGGAGUUUGUCCAACUGUUAAUUUUGUUGUACAAGUUAAAGAAAGUAAAAAAGACACCGGAAUGACGGUUACUAUCCUAUCCCUUCCAGAAAUAGAAACUGUUCAUAAAUUGUUAUUGUUAGAAGAUAUUAAAGUUGAUUCCUGUGAUGGUGAUAUUAGUAAAGUACAGGAUGGAGAAGUUAUUGAGCUGGGAACCGGUGAUAAAGAUCAAGAUGGGAACCAGUCUGUGAUGGCAUAUCUGUCAAGGGCAGUUACUCUGCCAAAAACAAAAUAUAUUUAUGGGCCUCAGCCCACUAGAGAAGAUUUAAAUGUAUCGCGUGCAUUGAGUGAUGUUACAAUAUCCCCCGAGUUACACCCUAAUGUAUUUCAUUGGAAGAUUAACCUGAGCAGGUUCCUGAGGGAUACAAACUAUAGGUGGCAAAGUCCAGCAAAGCUGCAGUCCAAACUACGCCAGGAGUCCCCUCAACCUUCCCCUCGGGGCAAGACUAGCCCAGUUAUACCAUAUAGAAGUCCACUUAGCUUUAGAGGUCCACAAGAAAAUGUGAUAACUUCAAACAUACGAACAAAACUGUUCCCAUCUAUAACAGAAUAGAAACAAUAAGGUUUUCACCAUAAUUUUUUUUUGUUAAAAGGAUUUACACACUGCAACUCUGUCAAAUAUAUGUAUGUCAGAUUGUAUAUCGAAAACAAAAGAUCUGUUGUUUGGGUAUAUGUAAAAUAUAGUUUUACGCAAAUAUUUUAAAUGGGCAUUUAUUUCAUCAAAAUAAUAUAUAGGAAUAUAUGACAGUUUUUUAUCUAUUUAUGUUACAUGUGAAAUUAAGUUGCAGGUUUUGGUGUAAUAGAUAAUAAGGCUAUAUAUGCAUAUGUAUUUUAACACUUGUGUUUGUUAUAAAAUCAAAAAACAGGAAUAAAUAUUAUGAUAAA